UUUAUUCCAAUUAGAGCGCACUGAAUAAAAAUGGCGGAAGCAACAACAAUCACUCUGUCUACUUCUACGACCACUACAACGCAAGAAAAGUCCCAGCCGACGGCUCAAAUGGUCCUACAUCUCCGUGGUAAGCCCAAGACUGAUAAGAAGGUUCAGUGGGGUGAAGAAGUAGUGGAUAACGAGUUUAUGGGGAAGAAGAAGUCAAAAUGUUGCUGUAUAUACACUAAACCUCAUAAGAAUGGAGAUGACAGUGACACUAGUGAUGAUGAUGGAGACUGGGAUGACUGCUGCCACGAGCAUAAAGUAGCUCGUCAACGUGUACCACAUUCAAAAUAAACUCAUGAUAUCAAUAAAUAAUAUUUUAAAUUCAUCUUCUCAUUCUAUUAAUUGUCCUAUACUUGUUGUUUUGUUGUAUUUUAAAUUAGUUGUGCUUGAAUUGUUUAUUUCAACCGA